AUGGAUAAAUGGCUAGCAAACGGAAGGAAAAGAAAGUUAAGCAGUGAUAGUUCUAAAAGUAAUUUGGAAAAUGACUCUAAAAUAAAUAGAGAAGUGACAGAUUUUUCGAGUAUUGAAACUUGCCAAUUCUUUCCUCAAUGUGAUGAGAUGUUUAGUUCAAAAAUGCAGAUCAAUCAGCACGAAACUACCUACCACAUAUUUCGCACUGUUUAUCACAUUGCAAAAAUGAAUCGUCCAUUUUCUGAUUUGAAAGAACUAAUAUUAUUACAGGUAGAAAAUGGUUUAGACAUGGGACUUAUUUUACAAUCUGAUCACGCAUGCGCUAAUAUUGUUUAUCACAUUUCAAAUGAAAUGCGCCCUAAGCUUGUAAAAUAUAUUAUUCAUAACGAUAAUAAAGUAGGGUUUAUGAUAGAAGAAUCUACCACGAUGAGCAAAAAGUCUGCUCUGUCAAUCUGCUUGAGAGUGAACAUUCUAGAAAUAAAUAUUGUCAAUAGUAUUAUUUUUGAUUUUGUUGAAUUAUCAAAUACAGAAGCCUCGUCUAUUGCAAACUCUUUUAUAUGUGUUUUACACGAUUUUGGUUUUAACAACAAUUUUUUAUUACUUAAUUGGGUGUCUUUUGCAUGUGAUGGUGCUUCUAAUAUGCUUGGCAAAAAGGAAGGCUUGGCUAAGUUACUUUUGAAUCAGUUUCCUAAUUUGAUUUUAUGGCAUUGUAACAAUCACCGAUUAGAAUUAGCAGUAAAUGUUGUUGUGCGCGAUAUUUUAUCAAUUUGCACUAGAUGGGUGUCGUCUAGCGCUCGAUCUGUUAUGGCUGUUUGGAAUAAUUAUGCAGCAUUGUAUCAACACUUUCAUAAAUCUUCAUUGGAUUCAAGGCGUAGUGCAGGAGAUAGAGCCCAAUAUGCAGGUCUUAAAAAUAAAUUAUGUGAUAUCAAUUUCAUACUCAACAUGGCACUAAUGCUAGAUGCUUUAAUAGAACUAGAACAUCUUUCUAAAAAAUUACAACAUAGGCAAAGUUCUUUACCUGAUGGACAUUGGCUUAUCACCUUAAAAUACCAUAUAUUUCAAUCGAUGAGAAAUAAUUCCGGUGAAUAUUAUUCGCAAACGCAGCUUGCAGCAGAAAAGUUUGAAUUUAAAGGCGUCAAACUGCAGAUCGGAAAACCACAAUGGUUUGCAGACCAAGAUCCAUGCUUUGGAGAUAACGAUAUUAGACAAUUAGCAAAAACUUUAAAUAUUUGUGAAAUUACGGCAGUCCAAGGGUUUCGUGAAUACAUUUCCACUGGUGACUGUAAUAAAACCCCUAAUGAUUUUCAGCCUCUGAGAACUGCUAUAAAUACCUUGAUUGUUUCAACAGCAGAAUGUGAGCAUUCUUUUUCUACUAUGAACAUAAUCUUAUCUUCCUUGCGAAACUCUUUAUUAAUAAAAACUGUGUCGAGUUUAAUGUUCAUUUCAUUAGUAGGUCCACCAAUUACGCAUUUCGAUCCAAAAGAUUAUGUCAUUAAGUGGUUUGGGAAAGGACAUCGCGAUGGUAAUUUUAGGAAUUGUGAAGCGCCGGCUUUAAAGUCUAUAAAUGAAAGUGAAACAUAUUCGAAGAUAUUCUGA